AUGCUUUUCUUGGUUCCUUUCCUGUCCCUACUCGGCCUGGCAAUCGCCAUCCCCGACGGUCUCAUUAUCGAGAACCAAACACCUGAUAUCACCUGCACACGCAAGACAAAGUCCGGCGACCAGAUUGAUGUGCACUAUCGCGGUACUCUAGCCUCUGAUGGGAGCGAAUUUGAUGCUUCUUACAAUCGAGGACAACCUUUGAGCUUCGCGGUGGGAACGGGCCGAGUCAUCAAAGGAUGGGAUGAAGGUCUGCUAGACAUGUGCAUCGGCGAGAAACGAAAGCUUACAAUACCGCCUGAAUUGGGCUACGGCAAGAACGCUAUGGGUCCCAUUCCAGCUGGAAGCACGCUGAUAUUCGAGACUGAGUUGGUAGGCAUCAAGGGUGUCAAGAAAGAUGAGCUGUAA